AUGGCGCUGGAUGCCUUACAACUGGAGGAAGAAUUUCCUCCUCCUCCUCCGGCACCUUUCAUGGCCGCACCGCGCGUGGCUGCCAGAGGUACUCGUAAACUGGACCUCGCCGCUACCUUCAAUGCAGCCCAUGCUGAGGGGUGUGAGUGCUGCGCGCCGAAAGAAUCGGCUUUGAAGCCUGGCUUUUGGCACGAUGUUGGCUUCGGUGAGCAGGCAGAAACCUCUACGGGCCAGACUGCACGCCAAACUUUGGUACAAGAGGUGGAGGAAGAGGCAAGCGUGAUGUCCCCCAUAGAGAGAACCGCCGCCAUCUUUGGCUGGAAGAGAGCGGGUGACAUGGCGCUUGAGGCAGGCGAUGUAGACGGCUCUGGCGAUUGCUAUGCUCGCGGUUUGGCCUUUGGGGCAGCGCUUGGGGAAGUGAACGGAACCGAUGCGUUUCCGGCAUGGUAUCCAAGACGUGAGGUUGAGAAGCUCUGUGCGGAAGUGCUGGUAAGAGCAGCUCUCCUGGACCGAAGUGGUCAUUCUCGGGUGUUGACAUGA